UAUACCGAAACGUUUUGACAUUGUCCAUUAAUGCUUCUGUCACUGGGGCAGUUGGUUGCAGAAAGCCGUUAAUAGUUCCUCUGUAUCUUUUUUACAGUGUUGAUUAGAGUUUAUUUUCAAAGUGCACUUGAAUCUCUCCUGUUAUGGAACCCCAUAGUGAGAGAGAAAAGGAUUUAGCCUGGACAAACGCUGAUGCCAAAGAAAACCAAAAGCUUGUAUUGUCGGAUUUUCUUAGUCAAAUAGUCACGAAUCACCGUGAGUCCAUACAAAGGGUUUUCAUGCGUUCUUCUUCUGGAGUUGUGUUGGGUGUCAUAACUGGCGUCGGUCGAGCUGUUUACUAUGAAAAAGCACUUCUUCCUGAGUUGAUGAGAAGUGUUUCACGUCUAACCUUGGUUUCUUUUCAUUUUUUUGCUUUGAAGGAAGUUUGUGAUCGUCUCAAAGGCCGAGAAACAAUUUGGAGUACAUUCUUUGCGGGUGGUUUUUCGGGUUGGUUUUAUGGCCUGCUUCGAUUCCGAGAAACCGUAUCACCGACUCGCUCCUUUAUUGCAGGAGUUUGUGCAAGCUCCAUUGGCUUACUGGUAGUAGGCGGACUGGAGAGUGCUCGUGAUCAUAUAGUUUUCAGAUGGGAGCAAGGUGCAGAAACUGAACGUGAAUUUUAUUUAUUCCGUCUUUACCAUCACUUGAUUGGAGAAGAUAAAGAACUUGAAAGACUACGAGCGAAAAGAGAUGCUCUGUACUUGGAAUUGUUUCAGCUACAAGAUGAGAAAAAGAAAAACGAGUCCAAAAUGUAACUUUAUGAAAAUUCAUUUCAUC